AUGUCUAAUAAGAAGCGGCUUCCUUCCCGAUAUGCUCUAAGCGACACGGAUACAUCUGACGAAGAAACCCCACUCAACGCCCACGUUACUCCACCGGCUCCACCUCAAUCGCCCGUCUUUAAAUCGCCGGAGAGUUCGGGGGAAAAAACACCAGACUCGUUGAGGAGUCGGAAGAAGCGGAAGGCUACACUUACUUGUUUGUCUCAAGAUCCAAAGAGAAUCUGGAGUCUCAACGACGAGCUAGUCAUAUUAAAGGGCAUCGUUAACUACCGGAACGAGACAGGAGUGGAUUACCUUUCUGAUUCAGGUGCCUUUUUAAAUUAUAUCAAAAAUGACAUCGAGUCAUCAAGAAACUCCAAGCGUCAGCUCGUGUCUAAGAUCAGAAAGCUGAAGCAGAAGUUCAGAGACAAUUUGGCGAAAAGCCCCUGCUUCACUAUCAACUCCCAUGACUCGGAGAUUUUCAACUUGUCCGCGGCAAUAUGGGGAAAUGAUAAAGCUGAUUGUGUUGAUGUGAACAUGGACAAAGCUAAUGCGUCCAAGAGCAAGGUUCAGGCUUUUGUGGAACAUGAAGCAGAAGAUGAUGAUGGAUCAGCAAAAGGCGAGUCUUUUGACAAGCUACCUUAUGAAAACGUGGACAAAAGUAGGGAGAACGAGGCUGGUGGGAAGGGGAGUGAGGAACUCGAAGAAGCAGCGACGAACGGUAAACUCGAGAAUGAUGAUGGAUCAGCAAAAGGCGAUUCUUGUGAUGAGAGAUUGCCAUCUGAAAAAGUUGACAAACGUAUGGAGGAGAAGGAGGAUGGUGGGAAGGAGAGCGAGGGAGAUGAUGCUGAUGAUGAGAUGUCUGCUCUACAGGACGUGCUUGAGACGACAAUGUUUCAGAAUCUAAGUAUUCCUGCACAGAAGCUGAUGCUUCGGAAGUUGAAGACCCUUGGAGGUAAGGAAAGGAAAGCGUUGAGCGACGAGUGGAAGGCAUUGCUUGUUCAAGAGUUGCUACUGAAGAGCAAGAAACAGACUUUUGCUGCCAAACUCGCAAAGGCAGCAUCACAUGAUGAUUAG